CCCUCUUCCGCAUACCGCAGGCACGCGUACGUACGCACGCGCACGCUGCGGAGCGAUGCUUCCGCGGUGCUGCGCGUUCUCCUCUUGCUCGGCGCAUCUUCCUCACUGAUCGUCACCCAUCAUCCAUCGAUCCCUGCCGCUGUAAAGAUAAAAAACAACAACGAUGCUCCUGUGUCAUCUUUUGAUUUAAAUGUCCGCGUACGAGGAACAGGAGGGGAGAUGAUGACACCAGGCGCACCAUAGCACCUUGGUCUUUUCCCAUAGUUGAUUUAUUUUAUUUCUAUUUUUUUAACGUUUUUUCCCCCUCUUGGGUGACGUUUUUGGGGGCCUGCAUGCGGUGACCGGCGGGAAUGUGUGACGACCAUGCUGGCGGUGCGGUGCUUCUUGCUCUUUGCUGCAGUGGGCGAGCGGCUGGCGGUGCCAGAUGUAAACAGGAGCCCAAGCCAGGAUGGCGGUGCCUGGGAUUGGUGGCCCUGGCCCGGGCAGAGGAUGGAGGGCAGCGAUACUGCAGCCCAGGUGACCUUCCCCAAACGCCUGGUGCGAAGGACUGAGUCGGAGCAGGAAAUGGCUCAUGAGCACCUGGACACCAGAGUGAAAAACAACACGCCAUACAAUUCGGCCGUCCACUUGGCGCAGAGCUCUUUCCAGAUGGAAGCCCUUGGACGUAGAUUCACGCUGGACCUGGAACUAAACCAUCACCUGCUGUCCUCGGACUAUGUGGAGCGACAUUUUACGCCGGACGGCCGACCCUUGCAGUCGCUGGGAGGGGAGCACUGCUACUACCAGGGAAGGUUGCGAGGUGUGCCCGAGUCCUGGGCGGCCCUCUCCACCUGCCACGGCCUGUGUGGGAUGUUCUCAGAUGGCGUCUUCUCUUACUGGAUUGAGCCUGUUUACAAUGACAGCAAGGAGGAAAAUGGCGCCCACCUGAUCCAUAAGAUGUCCGAUUUCAGGCUCUCCCCCCAGUGUGAAGACUGCACAGAGGACAACAAGUGGGAUGGCAGAGGAGGCGACGAAGACCAAGGGGGGCGUCAGCAGCAGGAGGCGUCGGGGGUGCUAAGGCGAUCCAAGAGGUUCGCUCGCAGACCCUCCGUGCAGACCGAGACCAAAUAUAUCGAGUUGAUGGUGGUCAACGACAACGACAUGAUUGUACAGCUGCGACGCUCCGGCAGCCAGACGAGAAACUUUGCCAAAGCGGUGGUCAACAUGGCGGACGCAAUCUACAAGGAGCAGCUGAAUACGAGGAUCGUGCUGGUCGCCAUGGAGACGUGGACCUCAAAGAAUAUGGUGCCAGUGGUGGAGGAACCGCUGACCACGUUGCAGAAUUUUAUGAAGUACAGACGGGACAACAUCCGCGAACAGAGCGACGUUGUGCAACUUUUCUCAGGGCGUACGUUUCAGAGCGGCCGCAGUGGGACGGCAUACACGGGAGGAGUGUGCUCGCCGACGAGGGGAGGGGGCAUCAAUGAGUUUGGGAAUGUCGGCGCCAUGGCCAUCACUUUGUGCCAGAGCCUGGGCCAGAACAUUGGGAUGCGGUGGAACAAUGCCCGCAGCUCUGCAGGAGACUGCAGGUGUCCUGACACUUGGCUGGGCUGUAUUAUGGAGGACACUGGAUACUAUCUGCCCAGAAAGUUUUCUCGCUGCAGUGUGGAUGAAUACCUCCAGUUCUUGCUCCAGGGAGGCGGCAGUUGCCUCUUCAACAAGCCCAACAAGCUGUUGGACCCUCCAGAAUGUGGCAAUGGCUUUGUAGAACCUGGUGAAGAGUGUGAUUGUGGAUCCCAGGUGGAGUGCGCCCGCAGCGGAGGCGCCUGCUGUAAAAAAUGCACGCUCACCCACGACGCUAUGUGCAGCAAUGGACUGUGCUGCCGCGGCUGUAAGUAUGAGCUGAGAGGCGUGGUGUGUCGAGAGGCUGUCAACGACUGUGACAUCCCGGAGAGCUGCACUGGAGACUCCAGCCAGUGUCCUCACAACGUCCACAAGCUGGAUGGCUACACGUGUGAAACUAAUCAAGGUCGCUGUUAUGGCGGACAAUGUCGCACUCGAGACGGCCAGUGUAGAGGGCUCUGGGGUUUCAACUCCGCAGACAGGUUUUGUUACGAGAAACUCAACGCCGAGGGGACGGACAAAGGGAAUUGCGGUCGCGGUCCCGGCGGCCAAGGCUGGCUUCAGUGCAAUAAGCCGGACGUUUUGUGUGGCUUCCUGUUCUGCGCCAACAUCAGCACAAAGCCAAAAUUUGGGGACCUUCAAGGCGAGGUGACCAGUUUCACCCUCUACCACCAGAACAAGUACCUGGACUGUCGGGGCGGCCACGCUCUGCUGGAGGACGGCUCGGACCUGGGCUACGUGGAGGACGGAACCCCCUGCGGUCCCAACAUGAUGUGCUUGGAGCGACAUUGCCUCCCGGUGGCGGCCUUCAACCUCAGCAGCUGCGCGGGGUCCAACUUGGGACGCAUCUGCUCCGACCACGGGAGGUGCAGCAACGAGGUGAAGUGCAUCUGCGACAGAGACUACACCGGCAAGGACUGCAGCGUCUUUGAUCCCAUCCCCGAACCCACCGUCCCAACAGGCCCGGAAAAGAAAGGUCCCAGUGGCACCAAUAUCAUAAUAGGCUCCAUCGCAGGUGCUAUUCUCCUGGCAGCUAUAGUCCUAGGGGGGACAGGAUGGGGAUUUAAAAACAUUCGCAGAGGAAGAUCUGGUGGAGGGUAGGAUGUUCACCAUCAGUCUCUGUGUCCUGCCCACUUCCUGUCUUCUUCUUUUUCUUUGACUUCUUCUUCUUGGUCGCAUAGAGGAGAAAAAAAAGGGAACAACAACAAAAUGUCUUCCACUCCUAUUCCCAUCUCUCCAGUCCUCCUUUUGUUGUCACCUCUAUCCUCUUUACUGUGCGGGACACACCGGCCAGGGUGUUCCUCCACUGUUAGGACGAAAAAGCAAAUCAGCCAAGAUGUUUGCACUGCCUGCCGGGACCACAAUCUUCUUCUAAUGGAAAAAUGACUUGCGUGAUGUGUAAAAUAAGAUUAAUAUGCUAAAUAGGUUCAUUCCCUGCCAUAGCCUCAACAGUACACGCACAUUUCCUGUAGUUAAUGAACCUGGACUGGAUCCAGCUUCGAUCUGGUCCAUAUCUGGACUGGACUAGAUUAGGUUUGGACUGGAUUGGGACAGCGGAUGAAUGGAUGGACGGACGGACAGACGGACCUGGACUGAUCAGAUCUUGACGCAAUCUGGAAUAACUAGAACUUUACCUGCUCUAGAUUAAGUCUGGACUACAUCUGUAAUGGACCUCGACCCUACAAGGAACAUGUGUACUUGGUCAGGACCAGAUCAAGAUUGGAUCACGACUUCAUGCAGGUUUGGAUCUGGGUUGAUAUGGGCCACAUCGCUGGAUCGGACAUGGAACAAAUCUGGCUACAGUUCUAUACUGGAUCUGGACUAAACCUAAGAAGUGAAUUAUUGAUAUUUUAACAUUACCUUCAAUUUGCCUAAGAAAGAUGGAUGGAACUUUAGUAAAUGUGACAAUAGACGAUUGUCGGGCCAAACCUAUUGUGACUAUUCUGUAGUGAAUCUGGAUUUGAUCCAGACUGCCCUGUAACAACUGCCCUGGAAUUGAUCUGGAUUUUAUUUGGAACAAAUGUGCUGCCACUUCAUCACCGUGAAAAUUCCAAGCAUGUUUUCCAAAGAAGGACUUGAAGAGGGACCAAGUGUUUUUACUCCGACUGCCAAACAGCUGGUCCAAGUGGACCACGUUUCAGAAGAGUGAAGUAUUGAGGGACUUUUGUGUUUUUUGGGAUCAAUUGACAGGACCAGCGUUGUCAAUGCCAGACUGUACAUUUCACUGACCCUUGUCAGUGUUCACCACGUUUCUACUCUUUGGACAUUUUAACCGAACGCUUGUUGUUUUUUUAAAAGAGCAGAAGAAGAAUAUGCGCACGUCACGACGGAGCCCUUCAACUUUUCAAUGUAAUAACGACAUGAAGAAGAAUGUCACCUAACAGGACUUGAAGGGAGAUUCCCCUCUGUUUGUGUUUGUGGAUGAUGUCCAUUUUGCUUCAUUAGCAAUUAGCGCCCAUUGUCAUGUCUGUGAUCUACUUCCUGAUCGAAAGUUUCUUAAAUUGUUAAAUUGGUAGGAUUUCAUACAAAAAUUUUCCAAAAAAAGAAACGUUAUAAUAGCGCUCCAGAUUUACUGCCAAACUAAACGUGAAAAAACAUGACACUUUGUUUUAAACAGCCAAACUGCCGAAAGUAGGGCAAUGCUAAACUAACCCGAAGGCAAUUUAGCAUCUGAGCUGCGGUGCUUUAAACUUGUAUAAGCUACGGACUGAGCACAAAUGUCCAGCAACAUGUGGGCAGACACUAUAAGAGUAUGUAUUCUUUAUCAUCUGCCAAGAGCGACUAAUAUCAGUGCCGACCUGAUGAGCUCAGAGAGCAGUCGAGACACAAUUUAUUUAUGACCUGUACAGGCCCUGUUUCUAGGAACAUUUAUAAAAUCAACUGCAGAAAAUGGCAAUGGCAAAAAAAAGUCAAAGAAAAGGCAAAAACUUUUCCCUUAGCCCUUUAUGAGCCUACAAAAGCAUGCCACUUCCUUUGUGUGAUUUCCUACUCAAUUCUCACGCGGCCAUUUUGUUUCCCUGAGCACAUCACUACCUGCAGUGACGAAAUCACAAAAAUAAUGAGCUAUUUAUGUAAAUAUGUGCAAGCUAUGCUGAAUGUUAAAAUGCACCGUAUUGUUGAGGGGGAAUAAUUUGAACGGCACUUUUUUUUAUUUGUACUGUUUGUUUGUAAAUUUUAAUUUCAUCCUUUGUCAGGGCAGCCUGUGCACUGCCAUGAGAGUGAGUGUGCAUGAGCGUGCACUUUUGGGGGGGGGGUUGAGCUUUGCACUGGUGGUAUGCACUAGUAUGGCACAUAUUAGGAAUACAGAGAGCGUGAGUUAUGUCAUGUGCAGAGCUGCUAUCAAUCAUCAUUUUAAAAGAGAAAAAAAAGACCAUAUUUUUAGACACUUUUUGAAUUUAGACAAAAUUAAAAAAAGAAAAGAAAAAAGCUUGCGGAUAGAGACAAGUGAAGAGAAAAAGAAAUAAAAGAAAUUCAACUUA